UGCCUUUCGCCCUCCAGGUUAUUAAAGAUUAGAUUAAGGAUGCCAAUAUUCCCCCCUCUCCUCCUCACUCUGGAAAAAAGAAAAACCCAUCUCCGAAAGAAGAACCUUUCAGAAUACAUUUCUCCAGGGAAGUUUCCUCAAACUCGCCUGUAAAGGCAGAGGCAUGGAGGCGUGAAGGCAGAGACACCCCGAGGCCAAACUUAUUCUCCCUUGGCUUCAGGCGGUGAUGAAGAAGGCAGCGUAAGAUGUCCUGGACCUUCUGCGUUCAAGGCACCGUCUCCAUCCCUGCGGGUCUCCUCUAUAGACAAAAUGCUGCUAUUCCUCUCUCUCUCUCUCCCUCUCUCCCUCUCUUUCUCUCUUUCUUUCUUUCUGGCUUCAGCAUCUGCCGCGGCGGCUCUCAGGCGCAGGACUCCUUGAACGAGGAAGGCUUGGCACUACAAGCCUCCUAGGAUCCUGGGCUAUAGGAGCAACCUGCCAUCAUAGAGGAGAACUGGUUUUCCUUUUGCCAUCUUCUUUGGUUUUCUUCUGGCUGGAAGGCUUCCUUGGAAAGAAAAGGCACCUCUCGCUGCUGGAUUUCUUCUUUUUUGGGGGGAGGAGGGCUGCGCCAUCCACCAAUAUUUUAAUGACCUUGCUUGCUUCUGUGGAGGUUAGCAGCAGUGUUGACUUUUCCCUGCCCUUCUGUUUACAUGAUCCAUUCUUCUUCGUCUGUGUGAUCGUAUGUUAGACCUUUUGCCUUUCUGAAACAAUUCUCUUCUUUCUGUCUUAUUUUUAUCCCCUGUCUCUCCUCCCAACAGAUAAGGUAAAUCCUCCUCUCUCUGCAUGUGUGCCUGUAUGUCUCUCUCUGUGAAAGAGAUUUCCUCGUUCAUUCCCCAUGCCUUAGUUAAUCAACAACAUAAAUUGGGAAAAAAUUAUUUUGGCAAAGAAAAUUUGAUUUCUUAAGUGCAACCCCCAGCAAAUAUUCCACCUCGUGUAUAUGCACCUCCUUGCAUGGUGUAGGUGCACUUAAAGUGUGUAACUCAAAAAUAAAAUUAUUAAAAAAUAAAAUAAAAUACAGAUUGAAAUAAUAUUCAGUAUGAACUCUUCAUUACGAAUUAAGACAAAAAAAAAAGAAAUAAAAAAGAAGAAAAAGAAAAAAAGGAAGUCACUUGAGACUUUUGAAUGACAGAUAAAUUGAACUCUAGGCAGGCCAAAGGACACCUUAAAAGUUCCUAUAGGACUAUUUCCGUGAAAGAAAGAGCUAGGCUAAAAUAGGUAUGAAAUUAGUGGUCAGGGGAAGGUUAGUUCAUGUUUCACAGCAAGACUGCUGUCGAAUUUGGAUUUCUUUGACACACAGCCACACGCAUAAGGAAGGAAAGUCCACACAUCCCAAUCUCUUUCCAUUUAAAGAGCUAUCCUUGUGGAAUAAAAUGCUGUCUCUCCAGACCAGCCAGCGAAGGCUGGGAUACAAUGAGCCAUGACUCGUGAAUUAAGAUGCACUCAGGAAUCUUUAAUCAGUUAAGUCAAGCAACUUUUCCAGAGUCCUUAAAAUAACAACAACAACGACAUCAACAACACUACACAGUAAUACUACUAAUAAAUAUGAUGGGGAAGAAGAAACAGAAAGAGAGGUGGGUUUUUGUUUUUUUUGGCAAGGAUUUCAUUGUAUCUAGUUCAUGUUCUCUUUCUAGGAUCUCCCAAGCAAGGUACAGUACCUCAAAAUAAUCCCUCUCCUGGUCCUGUGUCUAUGGGGGACCCGGACACUGUGGGUUUGGGUUUAAUGGGACUGUUGAAUCCUGCAUUCCUCUGGGACACAUCCCCUCCCUUUCUCUGCCCUCUGCUUCUCUGCUUCUCUCCCUCUCUUCUCAGGGAAACCUCCAUAAUGUUCCCUGCUUCCACUUUUCUUGUACUUCCCUCCCCUUUUGUUGCAAAAUUACCGCACCUCCAAGCCGAUUCUGCUACAUUGGAAACCGUGAAUCCUCUUUGACAACGUCUAGGAGCAGGGGGAAAGGUCUCUUCAUGUUGUUGUCCUGUUGGUGUUGUCUUGGUGUUGCUUUUAUAUUUUUAUUUUGAGGGGGCGGGGGUUCUCCUUUUGCAGAUUUAUUUUCCAGAAGAAGCAACCAACGCUUUCCCUACAGACUUCUAAGGGUACCAGCUAGAUAGAUACCUAUCACCUCACUCUACCAAGCAAGUGUUAUUAUUUGAAAUGUACACAGACACAGACACAGGCAGAGAUAAAGAAGUCUUCAAGUGAAGUUCUGCCAGCCAUUCGGUAAAAGAAAAAAGUUUCCAUGGUAGGACUUAUUUUUAAAGGGAGAUGAUACUCGUGGUGGUGAUGAUAAUGAUGAUGACGGAGGAGGAAAACAGAAUAAAACUCUUCCAUGCAAGCACAUCCCCAGGCUCCCUGUCUUAUCAUGCAAAAGGUCCCAGCUCACUCCCAGCUAUGCUUUCUAACUGCAACUUACUCAUACAGUUUUAUUUAAUGAACGACACAUUUAUGAACAAUCAAAUGAUCCUCGUAAAAAUUUUAUUGAAGGACAUAAAAACAUCCACCAGUACUUGCCGAAUAAAGCAACCUCUCACAAGAUGAGAGCCUUGUUAUUUUUGGUGGGGGGGGGGAGGGAAGGUUGUUGUUAUUAUUUUUCCAUUCAUGUUUUACAAGGUCAUCCACCCAGGAGAGAAUAAACACUACCCACCCACCCACAAAUAAGCACCCAGCACAGACACAUAGAUGCAUAGGUGUAAAGAGAAGGCACGUGAUCCGAUCCCAAGAUUUCUUGCAGCUAAGUAGAUUCUGGAAUGUGCACCUCAGCAGGAAUGACAAAAGAGAUCCUUCGAUCAGGCAAAAGUAUGAAUCUCUACAUCUAUUUAUAUAUAUUGUGUCACACACACACACAUACAUGCAUAUAUAUAUUCAUAUGUGAGUGCGAGCAACCCACCCACAGACACCCCUAAUGAUUAUAUAUCCAUUCAUGGGCUGGUGCUGCAAAAGAGAUGAGCCAGCAGAGCAAACUCUGUCAGGACCUUCAACCGAAGGGUCCCCCUCCCCUCCUUUACCCCUUUAAAGAAAUCCCAUGUAAUGUAUCCAUUAUAGAAUACUAGCUGUAGAAGCCAAGAGAGACCAGACAGAGACAAAUUGCGUCAAGAAAUAGUUCCUGUGAUACCUUGCUACACCAGAUACCUAGCACAGGCACACACACACACACACGCACAGUCUCUCUCCCCCUUUCCCUCUCUCUCUCUUUCCCUCUCUCUCUCUCUCUCUCAUUAACAGCAGGGCUAUGGAAAAGCCAGGUCGCAGAGCCAGCCCUCCAGCCACCGAAGAAACAGAGUCGCCUCUCAGCGAAUGGCACGUAAGACCCAACUGCUGCUAAUAACUGCAUUAUUUCAAGAGGUUUUUUUUUUAAAUGAAAAACCCAAGUCGCAUUAGGCGCUAUUUAAAAAGCAGAGGAAAAAAAAUUGAAAGCGAGAGAGAGAGAGAGAGAGAAAGGGGGGGCGAAAAAGACCUGCGGAUUGAUCUACACUGUAUUUUGGGUAAAUACAAUCACGUGAGAGCUGGGAGCCAAUGGCCAACUAGGAAAGGCUGAAAAAAUAAUUACCUGCCCUGAUUGUUCUAUGAGAAGAUAAAAAGUACACAUACAGUUCAUACAAUAAUCUUAUGAAUGUAAAAGAGGGGGGAACAAUGUCGGCUUCUGGUCCCAUAAGCAACUAUUAUGUAGAUUCCUUGAUUAGUCACGAAAGCGAAGAACUGUUGGCAUCCAGGUUCCCGGCGACUGGCUCUCACCCCGCAGCAGCCAGACCCUCAGGACUAGUACCGGAGUGUGCAGAUUUUCCAUCCUGCAGCUUUGCCCCCAAACCGGCCGUUUUUACAACUUCGUGGGCUCCCGUGCACUCCCAGUCGUCCGUGGUCUACCACCCGUAUACCCACCAGCCUCACAUUGGAGCUGACACGCGGUAUAUGCGCACUUGGCUGGAGCCUAUCUCCGGCGCGGUCUCCUUCCCAGGUUUUCCAGCCAGCAGCCGGCACUACGGGCUUAAACCCGACGCCUUCCACGGCCGCAGGGACUGCGGACCGGUGGAUGGACGUAGUUAUCCGGAUUAUAUGUACGGAUCCCCGGGAGACCUCAGGGACAGGACCCCGCAGACUAUUCCCUCCCCGGAAUCUGAGGCCAUCGCUUCCAACAAACACAAAGAAGAAAAGACCGAAUUGGACCCUAAUAACCCCGUGGCAAACUGGAUCCAUGCACGCUCUACACGGAAGAAAAGGUGUCCCUACACGAAGUACCAAACGCUGGAGUUAGAAAAGGAGUUUUUGUUCAAUAUGUACCUAACUCGGGACCGCCGCUACGAAGUGGCCAGGGUGCUUAAUCUCACGGAGCGGCAAGUCAAAAUCUGGUUUCAGAACAGGCGGAUGAAAAUGAAGAAAAUGAACAAGGAGAAAACCGAUAAUAAAGACCAGCAGUGAAAUUGGCCGAGGAGUCCCUGCAGCCAAGGGAGAAGCCGAGGCGGCGCUGGGUCUUCCUUCCUUCCUUGGGGUGCCAAGCGUUGUUCCUGACUUUUCUUUUUCUUUCCUUUUUCUUUUUCCCGGUGUGCUGAUGAGUGUUUAGAAUUAGUUAAACACGGCAACCAUUCUGGAGCAAAAAGGACAUAGAAGAGUGCUUUUCUUAAAAAAAAAGAUAUUAAAAAAUAA